AUGGGUUUCUUUGGCAAGAGGGAAGCUCCCGGUGACACUACGGGCCAUGUCGAUGCCAUCAUUGAGGCUCCCGGGUCUGAUCCAGAAAAGCAACAAGUCGCUCAUGAUGAGGACUUUCACACGGCGCUUCCUCAGAUUCCUCAGGUCACACCUACCAUUGAUCCCACAGUUGAAGCGCGCUUGUUGAGAAAAUUGGACUUGAGGGUUCCAACGCUGCUAGGGUUUCUGUAUCUUCUUUCCCUUCUGGAUAGAAGCAAUAUCGGAAAUGCCAAAAUCGCGGGAAUGGAAGAGGACUUGCACCUCACGGGAAAUCGCUAUACAUGGCUCUUGACUAUCUUUUAUAUAUCCUACACCCUAUUUGAGUUUUUGGCUUUAAUGUGGAAGAUAAUGCCACCUCAUAGGUGGGCAGCUAUCACAGUAAUGACUUGGGGCAUUGUUGCGACCUGCCAAGCCGCAGCACAGAACUGGGGCGGGAUGAUGGCUCUGCGUUUCCUGCUCGGCAUGUCCGAAGCAGCCUUUGGUCCCGGGUCACCCUAUCUGCUUUCCUUCUUUUAUCGUCGUCAAGAGCUCGGCCUCCGCUGCGGUUUGUUCUUGUCAGCUGCGCCUCUAGCCAAUACAUUUGCGGGCGCUCUUGCAUAUGGCAUCACCUCCGGGCAUGCAAAGAUCGCCAAUUGGCGCUUGCUUUUUCUAGUUGAAGGCAGCCCCUCGCUUGUGGCAGCCUUCUUAGCAUGGUUCUACUUGCCUGAUCAUCCCGCGUCAGCCCGUUUCUUGACCGAAGAAGAGAAAGAGGUGGCACGCGCCCGGUCGCUUCGACGCAGCGGUGAAAGCGAGCGGGUGACCGGCAUUAACUGGAAGGAACUGUGGCAGACCUUGCUGGAUGCGAAGGCCUGGCUCACUGCGUUGAUGUACUUCAGUUGCAAUGUGAGCUUUUCCUCGCUGCCCGUCUUUCUUCCCACAAUCCUGGAAGACAUGGGCUUCACCGCGAUCAAUGCUCAAGGGCUAACGGCGCCGCCCUACUUCGCUUCAUUCCUCGUUACGAUCGCCACUACCUGGCUGGCCGAUCGGCUUCAGCAGCGAGGCUUGGUGAUUGCCUUGUCGUCACUUGUUGGUGCGAUUGGAUACGUGCUGCUUGCGACCUGCACCUCCGUUGGGGUGCGCUACUUUGGAGUGUUCCUGGCAGCAGUGGGGGUCUUUCCUUCGAUCGCCAACAUUCUCCCUUGGGUCUUGAAUAACCAAGGCUCAGAUACUCGACGGGGUAUGGGUAUUGUUAUAUUGAACAUCAUCGGGCAAUGCGGGCCUUUCUUGGGAACUAAUGUCUUCCCAGCGAGUGACGCACCUCGCUAUAUCCGGGGCCAGUCAAUUUGCGCGGCCUUCAUGUUCUUCACCGUGAUCCUAGCACUGGCUCUACGGACACUGCUUGUUUGGGAAAACCGUCGUUUGGACAAGAAGUAUGGCACUGCAGCCGAGAGGGCUGCCCAGGCAACCACGAAGGGAGAUCUUACUCUAGGAGAGGAGAAUUAUGGAGCAGAUUACCGAUACGUGCUGUAA